AAAAAAAUAGCAUAGAUUACAGAAAGAAAUUUCAUAACAAAACAAGGAAAAGGAGAGUCUGAAGGAAUUUAUAUUUUAUUUAAAUUAUUCUUUAAAUAGCUGAAUAUUGCUUUCCUCAUCCAAAUGAGUGACAAGGAAUCAAAAGCGGAAGAAAAAAAACCAAUAAUAAUAAAAAAUGCUACAGAUUUGCAAAGGUUGAAGCUAGAAAAAUUAAUGAAAAAUCCUGAAAAACCGGUGGUUCUACCAGAUCCUCCACGGCAGAAGUCAUUGGCACCACCUCCAGACUUUGUGCGUAAUGUUAUGGGAUCAAGUGCUGGUGCUGGGUCUGGAGAGUUUCAUGUGUACAGACAUCUAAGAAGAAAAGAAUAUGCACGUCAAAAAUUUAUACAAGAAAAAAGUGAAAAGGAAAAACUGGAUGACGAAUAUCAUACGAAAAUAGAAGAAAACAGACGAAUUGCUGAAGAGAAAACAGCAAAAAAGAGAGCUAAGAGACAAAAAAAAAGAAAAAAUGUUAGAAUAAAAAAGAAGUUGGAAAAUAUCAAAGACAAACAAGCCUUAUCUUCACACUCUGAGAACAGUAGCAAUGAGGAUGAGGAAGAUCAAGAAGUAAAUGAAUGUAAACCUGAGGAGAAGCAGGAAAUACAUAAGGGUAAUAAAGAAGAAAACUUAGUUAAGUAAUUC